AUGGCCACUACUCAAAUCUUCCCCAGUUCUACCCAGGACAUCACCACCGAUUGGCUCUCCCCCAAGAUCGGCGUUAAGAAUGCCACGCUCCAGCUAAACAACACCAUCGGUGGAACUGCCACGCUGGUUCUCCUCACAGCCACACCUGAGGGAGACGAGGCCAAGCCAGUACGCAUUUGCAUCAAGGGUGGCUUCAACCCUGCCAUGCUGGCCCAGUUCCCCUUCAUCCUCUCACUCUACAAUCGCGAGGUCGACUUCUAUAACAAUUUGGCCCCUCGCGUGCCCCAUCUCAAUGUACCUCGCAAAUUGUGGGCCGAGAAAAGUGACAACAACGCCAUCCUUAUUAUGGAGGACCUUGCUGCCGCAAACUUUGCCUUUGCUGACCCUGUCGAUACCUGGUCUGUCGAUCGCGUCAAGAAGACUGUGGAGCAUUUUGCUGCUCUGCAUGCUGCGACAUGGGGCGUCGAAGCCUCCACCGUUCCUUGGUUGGACAGCCAUUAUGAGGUAUCAGUACUGAGUCUUUGUAGCAUGUGGGAUGCCAUUGUCCUCGGUGAAGACCGCCCUCCCGUUCCUGCAUACAUGAAGGACCAGAAGCGUAUGACUGCUGCCAUCACCAAAUGGUUCGCUACCCGAAACCCCAGGUUUCAGUGUAUUCUUCACGGCGACGCCCAUAUCGGUAACAUGGCCUGGUCCGAAGAACAAGAUACACCAAUGCUUGUCGACUGGCAGGUUAUCCACAUCGGCUCGUGCUUCACUGACAUCGCCUACUUCACCAUGACUGCCCUAACAGUCGAAGACCGUCGUGCGCACGAGAUGGAGGUUCUAGACCACUACCUCGCUAAACUGCACGAAUUUGGCGGACCAAAACUCUCGAGGGACGACCCUGAGGUCAUGGCCGAGUACCGCAAGUCUUUGAUGGCAGGCUACUCCUGGAAUCUCUGCCCCUACACCAUGCAGACAAAGGAAAGAGUGUGGGCCAUCGUGUCCCGCAUGGUUCCCGCCAUGGAGGACCAUAACCCGGUCGAACUGUUGGAAGCAGAGUAA